GACAUAUAUAUCCCACUAAAUCCUCCAUUUCCAUGUCAUAAACCUUCUAAUCACUUCAUGUUUAUAAAUCUAAUUACCAUCGGCUUGCCCGGAUUUACGUACCAAACCAAGUAACAAAAAUAAAGAAAGAAACAAUUGCAUCCCCCGAAUGGCGGAGACGCGGAUUCUUAUUGUGUUCGUUCUUGUUUUCAUGGUGGCAGCAGUUGGCUGUGCUGCUGAGAAGUUGCACGAUAGGGGAGAUGAGUUCAAGGAAUGGUGGGAGAUUGAAGAUGAUGAUGAUGGAGUGGAGCUCUUAGACCUCCCAUCACUCACAAAUGGUCGCGGGAACAAAAUUCUUGUCAAUGUGGAUAGCUUUGGUGCAGUUGGUGAUGGCGUUUCUGAUGAUACCAAGGCCUUUGCAGAUGCAUGGACGCAGGCGUGUUCUGCAGAAAGAUCAGUCCUCUUGGUUCCCUCAAAGCGCAGUUACCUUGUCAGUGCCACACGAUUCAAAGGUCCUUGUGCAAGGAACUUGAUAGUCCAGAUUGAAGGAACAAUUGUGGCGCCGGAUGAACCAGAUAAUUGGGAUCCGAAAAACCCGCGAGUUUGGCUUGUUUUCUCCAACCUCACAUCCGUCUCAUUCCAAGGAGGAGGAGUUCUCGAUGGCUCUGGGAAAAACUGGUGGGAUGCCUCCUGCAAAAAGAACAAAUCCAAUCCUUGCAAAGGAGCACCAACUGCUUUGAGUAUAGAUCAAAGUUCUCGCAUAAAGGUAAAGGGUCUUACAAUCCAGAACAGCCAACAGAUGCACUUCACCGUAUCUCGAUCAGAAUCUGUGGUUGUCACCGGUGUAAAAAUUUCUUCCCCGGAAGAUAGUCCGAAUACCGAUGGAAUUCAUAUAACUGAAUCGAAAAAUAUUGUCCUCCAGAGCUGCAAAAUAGGAACAGGUGAUGAUUGCAUCUCAAUUGUCAAUGCCAGCUCAAAUAUCAUGAUGAAGAAAAUCUAUUGUGGACCUGGCCAUGGAAUCAGCAUUGGAAGCCUUGGGAAGGAUAAUUCUGUUGGAAUAGUGACAAAGGUGGCAUUGGAUACUGCAUUCCUUCGAGAAACUACCAAUGGCCUUCGAAUUAAGACCUGGCAGGGAGGGUCUGGUUAUGUCCACACAAUACGUUUCCAAAACGUGAUGAUGGAUGAUGUUUCCAACCCCAUCAUCAUUGACCAGUUUUAUUGCGAUUCUCCUACAACAUGCCAAAACCAGACAUCUGCAGUGGAAAUAAGUAGAAUUGUUUACCAGAACAUCAGUGGAAUUUCAAAGAGUAAAAAUGCAAUGAGAUUUGCAUGUAGCGACAGUGUACCUUGUAGUAACAUUGUGUUAAACAACAUUAACCUGGAGACCAAAGAUGGCACUGCUGAGGUCUACUGCAACUCUUUCACAGGAAUUGGCUAUGGAUAUGUACAUCCUUCCGCUGAAUGCAUCAACUUGGGUGUGAAGAGAAUUAAGCAGGUAACAGAAGCUGAGCUGGCUGAAAAGAACAAAACAAAUAACCUUAUCCAUACUGAGUUAUAGCUUCCGAGAAGAUAUUGUCUGGACUAAACAUCUUGUAAACAUAUGACUAUUUCUUCUUUAGUUUAGCAUUGUUUAUUUGAAUAGCCUUGGAUUUUGGGGUUCUAAAAUUAUUUGCAUAUUUUGUUCCUUUACAAAUUUCAGUUUUUGUUGUUGUUCAUACAAUGUGGUCUUGUGGUGUGGAUGAAUUUCAAAUUUUGACUCAUGUAUGCUGUGACUAAGCAUGUGGGAUU